GCCCUUCGGGGUGUCGCGGGGCUCGCGUCGCCUCCCCCGACGGUUACCGGUGACUUAACGCGUCCUGGAGUUGCGCAGAGCCGCUCUGGCGGAGUGCGCGGUGGCCUGAGCGCCGGGAGCCUGGUCCUGCCGCCUGCCUGGUGCGGCGGGAGGCUGCUGCCGGCUGGGAGAGGGACAGGCCACGGCGGGCGUUUGCGUCCACCUUGGCGCGUUUUUUUAAUUCUGUUCUUUUUUAAAUUCUGUUUCAGAACCGCUAAAUCACAAAGCUACUAAACAUAAACGCAUCUUACUGGGGGCUUUCUUUUUUUUUUUUUUUUUAGGGGGGGUAGGGUUGCUUUCGGCUGGUUUACAAGCAUAUGGCCUUUCUUACUUGGUAGCAAGCUGUGGGGCGGUAGCUGCCUCCCUUCUAUGUGCCUGUGUGUAUGUUAGAUGUUAUAAAUGGCCUUGUAACUUUGAGUCAUAAGUAAAAUACGUGGGGAAAUACGCUGGUCAAAGUUGGCACAAAAUCUUUAUUUUUAAAAGUUUGUAGACCCUAACGCAACAAAAAUGUUCCUGUAAAAGUUCCAGUAGUUCUUAAGGAAACAUUCUGUCGUAGUAAAUUGUUUAAAACCUGAACAGUAAAAAUCAGCCUGACUUCGUUGUCCAAACAGGCGUACCUAUAAGUAACCAGAUCAUAGUGUUGCAUAAAUCAAGUUUACUGAAUCCAAUCUCAGUGUUUAGCAAGGGUUGCUUUAUUUAUAAUCUAUUAUCUGUGAGUUGCAUAGCUUACAUGUUUUUCAAUCAACCUAAAAACCAUUAGCUUUAAAGGAUUUGGAGUUACCCGUAGCUUAGACUUGGAGGUAAACCCUUUUUAAAUGUUUUUAUUAUAGUUUGUUUGCUUUACCCACAAAAAGGGGAGGUGGCUGUUGUAAACACUCGGGUAGGAGAAGUUGGUGUCAUGCUGUUUUGUAGCAUGUGACAGUAGGGUUCCUGGGACUCUGUCCUAUCCUGUUUCAUGUUUAGCAAUUAAGUACUUCCAGUGACUGUUCUGAUCUCUUCAUUUCAUUCUCAGCUUGCAGUUGGGAAUCAAGCAGAGCCAAAUACAAGUUACGAACAAGAAACAAAUUUCUUCUGAAAAAUAAAGAAUAUAAAUAUGUAGAGGAGAGUGAGUGCAGUGGCUGGUUUAUGUUUUAGAAGGCAGCACAGUGAUCUGCAUGUUCUGAAGGUUGCUCUACAGCUGUGAUUCUCCUGGCUUAUUGUAAUGGCAUGUGAGACCGGUCUGCACUGGAGUUUGGAUGUGUAGCUGACUCUGCACUUCCCUCCUUGGUGCAAUUGAUGUGAACUCUUACCUUAUCUUGUCUAAAAGCAUUUUAUCAAAUUAGUUUCUGUUGCUUCUGUUAUAUGAAUUGACAGUCAACUUCUAUAUUCAUAGAAAAGCCUUAAGCCCUAAGAUGGUGACCUUCAUCUGAGCAUUGUAUCCUUUUUCUAAUGUUCAGCAUUUAUAAACUGUAAAUUUAGUAUUAGUGUGAUUUUUUUUUUUUUUUAAACCCUGUUGCAACUCAUAGCAAGAAAAUAUUUUAGGUAUCUGGAAAUUCUGAUACAUCUACAGUAUAAGAUGCCUUUAUAUGCAUAUAAAGGAUUAUAUAUAUAUAUUUAUGAAUAUGGUAAGUUCUGACAUAAUAUCUGUGUAUGCUUCUUUUUAUUGAAAAAAUACAUCAGAUUAAACACCCUGCUGUGCCUCUAGCUCACUUAACCUAAGUCUUCCAUUGGUUGAAGAAUACUUUUCUGUUACUGCUAAGAGUUCUGACGAUCUGGCAGUGCAUUGGUGGUGUCAGCCCCUUUUUUAAUGAGUGAGUUUACUGUCUUAGUUUGAGUCAAGAAAGUCAUUUAGAAGCAAAUUUUGAUCACCACCAUUUAAUAUGCUUUGGCUCACAAAGUGGGGUGGUCUUGCAGUGUACAAAAGAAACUAAACCAGAAAAUGCUCCCUGGGAACAGACCUAAUGCACUUCAGCUGUUAAUAAGCAUCCCAUCAAUGGGAGCAAAUUAAACUAGUCUGAAAUAAAAACUGCUGAAGCAUGUCGGGUGUAGAUGUCGGAUGCACAAUAGUGGGCGCUUUGCUGUGCGGACCUGCUCAUAUUUAGGUGUGCUACUGGCUAGUGUAGGUUUAUUUGAAGCAGGAAAUAGUUUCAAUAACUUGUAUACAGCUGAAGAAAAGGAUUUAGACCUUAGCCUAGCUACAGGAGAGUGUCUUGGCUCCAACACAGGUGUGACCAGCUGCUUUCAAACUGUGAUACUGAAGCAAUUCAACUGUGUGAUAUGCAAAGUCACAUAACUAACCACAGGGCUAUGCUGCACUAGGAGCUGCUGGAGAGUCUGAAUCCCACACCUGAGUAGCAAAAUGUGAACCAGCAGGAGUUUACAAGAUUGACAUCUCUACUCCCUGGGAUGCUGCUAAAUGACCAGCCUUAUCCAAUGAUGAGGCAGAGAUGCUCUUGAGGAGUCGCUGACCAUUCAAAACUGAUCUUUGUGACCAUAUUCCCAUAGCUUUCAAACAUACUUAGUGUGUGAAGAUUUUACUAUAUAGUGAAAGGACUGGGAAGUUUUGCUUUCCCUAGCUGAAGGAAUUACCUCAAGAGCUUUUCUCUGUCUUUCUUGCUGGCAUGGGUUCAUUUCAUAUUUACUUACUUAUUCAUUUUCAGUCAUAUUUCAUACUGUUUCAAGCAGGAGAAUGAAAAUAUCACCCUGCAAUUAGAAAAUGCAUUCAAUUUUUGUUCCAGUAGGUGAUUGAUUAUUUGUAUGACAUGAAUCGGAUGGACAGUUUCCCAUUUCACAGCAGCCUGCAGCCUUGUGGUUAGUGCACUCCUGGGCGAAAUGCGUGGUGACUGGAAUCCUAUUAAUCCAGAGAUAGCAUCUAAUUUGCAUCUUGUAUACUGUUCUUGAAGAUAAAGCAUGGAUCAUCCAGUGGAUGAACCUUGAACUCCAGGACCAGAAACUGAGAUUUUUUUUCAUGAAGCAUGGCAACACCAUAUGUUCCUGUUCCUAUUCCUAUUGGAAGUUCAUCUUCUAGUUUUACAAACAGAAACCAAAGAAGUUCUUCUUUUGGGAGCAUAUCAACAAGUUCAAGCUCCUCAAAAGGACAGCUGGAGGACUCUACUGUUGGUAGUUUUAAAAAGAUGAGCGUGCCUGACCAGAUUGGCUCUACGUCAUCUGUGUGUAGUAGUCCACUUGUUAGGACUAAGUUUACAGGUAUGGACACGUCUGUAGAAUACUGUUCUCAGCCCGUAGAAGAUAUAGAGCAGAAUACAGAUUCAAGGAGCUGGGAAGAUCGACCGUCCACGCCUACUAUAUUGGGUUAUGAAGUGAUGGAGGAAAGGGCAAAAUUCACUGUGUACAAAAUACUAGUAAAAAGAAGUCCAGAGGAAAGUUGGGUGGUUUUCAGACGGUACACUGACUUUUCCAGGCUUAAUGACAAGCUAAAAGAUAUGUUUCCAGGCUUUCGAUUGGCUCUUCCACCAAAGCGCUGGUUCAAGGAUAAUUAUAAUCCUGACUUCUUGGAAGAUCGACAGUUGGGACUACAAGCAUUCCUCCAAAACCUAGUAGCUCAUAAAGAUAUUGCCAACUGCCUUGCAGUGAGAGAAUUUCUUUGUCUGGAUGAUCCUCCAGGUCCUUUUGAUAGUCUAGAAGAGAGCAGGGCUUUCUGUGAAACUCUGGAGGAAACAAAUUACCGUCUACAGAAAGAGCUGCUUGAAAAACAAAGGGAGGUUGAAUCACUGAAGAAAUUGUUAAGUGAAAAACAACUUCACAUAGAUGCUAUUGAAAGAAGAAUUAGGGAUUUAUCUUUAGGAAAAAUGACUCGUCAAAUGUCAGGAGAAGAGAGUGAGUGCAGUGGUGAGGUGGAGUCUUCUGCAGUAGAAGCAGACCAGGGUACCCUGGGUGAGGACAGCUGCUCAGAUAAAGAGACUCACGAGGUGUGCUGGAGUGGCUCUUUGGCUGGAAAUUCUGUACCAGAAAUUGAAGUCGCUGAAGUAGCGUAUACUGCUGAUGAAGAAGAAUAGAUCAGUAGCAGCUGCUGUUACCUUGAAAAGUGAUGCUUGGGACAGACUGUGGGUAGGGGCAUAUAGUAGCUGUAAAGAAUUUACAGCAAAGAGCAAGAAUGCACAUAGUGAAUGUUUACAUAAAUCCUUGCAAAUUAUUGACAUAAGAAAUAUACUCAGUGCUGCUUUGAUUUCAGUUUUUACCUAGCCUUUAUAUAUUUAAUAUAUUAAAGUCUAAUAAGGGCUAAAAUCAGCUAAAAUUUAAAUAAUGUACAUAUGCGACUUGGCUGACUUUUCUAGUGGAGUGGCAAAACUUCAUGUUACGUCAGCAAACACAUUUAACUAGCAUGUCAUAUGUUGCCACCGAUGUGACACAUUUGAUGUGUUCAUCUGUUAGGUAUUUGUGUUUUCAUAUUCUUAUAGCCAUAAAUUAAUGCUUGUUGAAGUAAAAAUGGACUCAUCUUACAUUUAAUAAGAGUGUAGAAUUUGUUGUUUUUAAAUUCUAAAAAUAAAGAUUAUUUCUCUGGAAAUUUUAAUGCAAUGCAAUAGGAAAACUUACAGUACCAAGAGAAAAAUACUUGCAAAAUGGGAUUAUGGUUGGACGUUUUAAUCAAAAACUGGUCAUUUUUGCUGAAGGAACUAAUGAGACCCCCAAAACACUGUGUAUUUACAUCCCAAGAGAGCAUGCUGUGAUACUUUUAGUUCGGUAAUGCUGCAUUUAAAUCUGGUAUAUCUUCGCUAUAUACCCACGUAACAAUAUGUCAGUGAGUUUGCCUUUUACCUGGAACACUACCUCUUACCAUCCUGCAAAUGCAUUCAUGCCUUGUUUAAAAAUAUUCUAGAUUAUAUGGAGAUAAUUGAAAGACUUGUAAAGAAGCCAUAUUUUUUUUCUGCACAGUUCAUAACUAGAUUGAAUCUAGUUGCAAUGUAUUUUUGUUUCAAUGUAUUGUACACAUGGGGAUAUUGCUACAUAUGUUCUAUAGCCUAUUUUUCAAAUUGUAUUAAGACAGGAGAUGCACUUUAUUAUAAUUAAGACUCCAUUGUGCCAAGGUCAGUUGGCUAAUUGGUUGAGAAAGGGGAGUUGCAGGGAGAGGAUUAUGUAGUGCCUUUUUGUAUUUUACUUGUUCAUUACUGCAGAAUCUUGUUAAAGUGCUCUGGGUCAGCUUUAUGGAAUCUUUUGACAGCUUGUCUCUAUGCUUCACUUAUUUACUGAAAGUGCCUUGUUUUAUUCUGCUUUUCCAAUAGGAAGAAUGCUGUUUUGUUUUAAUCUUUUUUUUUUUUUUUUCUCCUAUACCACCCACAUCUUUGUUUAAUGUUGUUAAUAUGCAGUGUCUUUGUGCUGGAGUUUUCAAAGGGAACUUUGUACUUCAGGCCGUGCAUACAAUGACCUUUAUGCAGAACUGUGUAAGCCUUCCUGGUGAAAUAAAACUAUGGACAAAACACCUGUCUUCUCUUUUCCACUGUAGAAAAUAUUCUGAACACCUUGUCUGUUAAAAAAAAGAUAAUAUUAUUUGGAAAGAGACAUCUCUUACCUCAGUGAUUUCAUACAAUUACUCAACUUUUGUUCUAAGUUCCAUUUGUCCUUGUACCAAAAAUUGUCUGCAUGAAUAUGAGUGAGAAUGCUGUAACAACACACCAGAAAACUUGCUGUACUUCUGCUGAAGAUUAAAAUGAAAAAUGACUCAUCUUUUUUAUGUUCUAUAUGAAUCCUCAUAGGCAUUGAGUGAACUCAAUAAAGUUAUGACACUUCUUGAAAA